AUGGCGUUUGGAGACCUGUUCCUGCACCUUCUGACCUGUCACCUCACACUUCUGUCUGAUGACUUUGGAUCUGACGACUUCUGCUCCGUCGUCUUCGAUGGAUUUUUACUCACGUCUUUUUCCAGUAAAGAGAACGUCCACAGACACACACUGCGGAUGCUGCUCCACCUUCACCACAAAGUCCUGCCUUCUUACAUGGACACACUACUGAAGACCCUGGAGCCUCCUAAACAGUGCAGUGACUCUCUGAGGGAGCUCUACACUCAGCUCACAGAAAAACUGGAAUCUCAGAAGAAGAGCCCCCCCCCAUCUGACGAGCCCCCCCCUCUAGACCUGGGACUGCACCCUGUGGGCGUACCCCCACCCACCCCGCUCUGA